CGAGCCUCGGGCGAGUGAACAGAUGUCCUGAAAAACAGGCCAAAGCUGCUAGACGGGGCCUGCCCACACUCGUGUCGUCUCUGCCGCCUCUGCCGUCGCCUCAGCCGCACCCGGCGACGAUGCUCCUCUUCUUUCCCAAAAGUCCCUUUUUUAUUUCCACGUCGUCUUUGCACAGGCUUGGGCUGUGGCCAUGUCAUUUGCCAUCACCAGCGCAGCGGGCCUUGCGCGACUCUCUCCGGCAUCGCGACGCGCCUCGUCGACGGGCGUCCUUCUGCUGGCCCUGACGGCAUCGCCAUUGGUAGCACCGGCGUCGACCAGCCGCAAUGCUGGCCUCCAUCUGCAGCGCAUGCCCAGCUACGCACCGCCGACCUGUCCGCUGAACAGAGACACGUCGCCGGCCACCAUCGGCCUACGCUCCCUCCACGGCCCCUCGCACAAUGGGCGGAGUGCGCCGCAAUACUCGUACCACGUUGCCGCGUCGUACUCGGCCAAGCAGGACAGCUUCGACGCCGACCAGAACCUGUACACGCGCCCGCUGCACGACCCCAGCAAGAGCAAGAUCGAGGACCUGCGCGAGUGCAAAGAGGCCAUCGACCCCCACCGGCGCGCCAAAAGCGGCCAGGACGCCUUCUUCUUCAGCCAGGUCGGCAACACGCACACGACGACAUUCGGCGUCGCAGACGGCGUGGGAGGAUGGGUCGAGUCCGGCUUGGACCCCGCCGACUUCUCCCACGGCCUGUGCGAGUACAUGGCCUGCGCCGCCCGCUCGUGGCCGCACGGCUUCAACACGACGUCGCUGCACCCCAAGGACCUGCUCCAGGUCGCCUACGACAAGGUCACGGACGAUGCCACCAUUGAGGGCGGCGGCAGCACCGCCUGUCUGGCCGUUGCCGAGCCCGACGGCAACGUCGAAGUGGCCAAUCUGGGCGACUCUGGCUUCAUGCAUCUGGGCCUCAACGCCGUGCGACAUUUCACACAGCCCCAGACGCACGCCUUCAACACGCCCUACCAGCUCUCCAAAACCCCCCACCGCAUGCUGGUGCAAAUGGCCGUGUUCGGAGGCCCCUCGACGCUCUCGGACCUACCAAAGGAGUCGAGUGUAACCCAUCACAAAGUGCGACAUGGCGACGUGCUCGUCUUUGCAACCGAUGGUGUGUGGGAUAACCUCAGCCCGCAGGAUGUGCUGGGCAUCGUCAGCCGCACCAUGGUCGACGUAGGCGCCUGGGUCGAGAAGGACGGCACCAUGGUUGUGGCCGACAAUCUCGCCAACCUGGUCCAAGCUGGCUCGGCCCGCAAGGCGGACAGCUCGUCUCUCCAAGCAAAGGUCGCAGUCGCCAUUGCAAAGGAGGCCAAGGUCACGGGGCUCAACACGCGCCGGGACGGGCCCUUUGCGAAGGAGGUGCAGCGAUACUACCCGGGCGAGAACUGGCAUGGCGGCAAACCCGACGAUAUUGCCGCCGUGGUAGCUGUGGUGCUCGAGGAUGCACCUCCACAGGCAAAGCUGUGAUCAUUCGUAAGACGUCUUGUUUGGCUGCAUGAGGCGAUGGCGUUUGGGAGAAGGCUCACAACUGGGAUCGGAACCUGAUUGCAUAAACACUCAAGAGGCGUGACUUGAUUGGAUGCUCGAGCUACGCAGUAUCUUACACCAAGCCUCUCAACCCGGCAUAGAUGAUUGGGUCGUUGUCUGCACCUGUUUUGUCAUGGUAUUUGUUUCUAUAGAGUUGUUUGUUGGAGCAAAGAGGACAUGGAUGCUAGAGUAAAAGCAAUAUGAUAUACGAAUGCGGUAGAUGUAGCGAUAGCAAUACAUACAAGUGUUUACG